AGUCAAUCAUCGUCGGGGGCGGCUGGCAGCGGCGGACUCGUGCCUCGUGCGCCUGGCGUGCCUGGCGUGCUCGUGGACCACCUCGCGAUUGAGGGCGAGAAGCUCACGGCUGAGCAGAGGAAGGAGAAACGAGCGAAGCUCAAGGAGGAGAAGGCUAAGGCGAAGAAGGAGAAGGAUGACCAGAAAGCCUUGGAGGACGAGGAGAGGUUCAAGAAGUCGAUCGUGAACUUGGACCCGCAGGAGAGGGCGGCGAAGGAGGCCGAGUACAGGGGGGAGCUGGAGCGCAAGAAGGUGCAGCAUGACAUGGAGAAGCUCUCCAGGGACUGCCAGACGAAGACGAGGGCAUUCAGGGGCGCCGUGGAGAUCGAGGUCCCCAACGUCUGCGCCACCUUGGCCAAGAGGAAUUUCCCCCAGGAGACGGCGGCGCACUUGAAGAGCGAGUCGGCGACGGGGUCGCCGAGCAAAGCUGAUAUGGCCAAGUGGAUGGAGCUGGCGACCGCUGAAUCGCGCGAUCUCAUCUUGCUCUUCAAGAACUUCUGCAAGCGCACGUGCCGGGGCGAUUUCAAGAAGGUCACCGACCAGGCCGACGAAAGGGCGACCACCACCGCCUAG